AUGUGGCACAACUGUUAUACACGCUCAAAUGCAGAAGAAGUGCGCCAGCAACAGUUACUUAGCCCACAACAGGAGGAGGUGCUUGUCAAAUACAUAGAAAGAUGCACAAGAGACAGCUUGCCACCUACUAGAAGCAUGCUGCAAAAUGUCGCCUCUGUGGUUACGAAGUGGGAGACUACUAGGAUAGAUCGUGAGCGCUUUUUAGCUAACAGCAAGCGCAAGUACAAGCUGUACUUCAAUCUAUUGCACUCUAAGAUGCGUGAGCACAGCGUUGAUGAGCGCAACACGUACAAUAUAGAUAAGAAAGGCUUCUUUGUUAGCAUUAACAGUUACACUAAAAGGAUAGUCUCUAAGGCAAUUUAGGAGUUAAAAGAGCACACUGCAGCGCUUAGAGAUAGCAAUAGAGAAUAGGUAACGCUGCUAGCUUGCGUAUGCGCUUCUAGAGAGGC